AUGUUUACUCUGGUUCGGAGGCCCUGGCUGCGCUGGUUGGGUUACCUUACCUGCGCGAUCACGGUUACAUCGUAUCUAUUAGACUGUCUAGAGGAAAAUGUGCUUAGCGCGACUUGGACCUCUGAUCGCCCACGGAUCCUUCGACCGGGCCAGUUCCAACAGGGUAUUGGUGUUGCUCCUGUGGUGGACGACGUAGAAUAUAAAGGCCCGGUUGAGGCAGAUGAGAUGGGCAUGGCCCAUGACCUAAGAAACAAUCAAUUCUAUCGUGGGGGGACCUUAACCCUAACCAAUAGCGAAUCGGUCAGCGCCUCACACCCAGUCCCAUAUAUCUACGACCCGUACCCAGCGUAUAACAGUCGAAAGUGGCAAAAGGAAUUCCGUGGAAAGUUUCAACCGUGCCUAGGACCCAGAGGACAUCCUCUCGAUCGCAGGUCUGCAGCAGAUAUGGUCCAGGUUUACAGGGGCCAGCAGGACGGGUUCCCAGCACCGUCAUUUGGAUCGUACGAAGCAUUAGGCUUGGACAGAGAUGUUUGCACUGACCGUUACUCCCGGUUUGGGACAUAUGGGUAUGACGAGGAUAGUGUAGACGAGGUGUCUGGCUUCACACGCCCUGCGCCAGUGAUGUGGUGGGAGGUUGAUUGGAACAGGCUCCAAUCUCUCUGUCUGGAAAGAAAUGGCAACAGGUACGAAUCAAUUGACACCGUGAGCGCUUCAUCCCAGAGUCCACUUGUCCUCGGUCUCCCUCAGGCUCCCAAAAAGCCUGGAGAGACAGAGCCUGGGGGUACCUCGAACGUGAAGCAGUUCUAUCCUCGGUCAGCAGUGCUGAUUCGGGCAUGGAACGGGCUGGAUUGGACGCCAAACCAUCGGGAGUAUCUCCGGGCCUUGAUAAUGGAGCUUUCUUUGCAUUCUGGGGGCGAGUAUGAAGUUUAUCUUCUAGUUCAUGUCAAAGACGACGAGAUGCCAAUUUUCUCUAAUACCGAGACCAUCAAUCGGCUCAGGAAUCACAUUCCCAAGGAGUUUCGGAAUAUGGCGCUUUUCUUCAACAAAAAACUACUGGAAGCUUGGUAUCCUAAGAUCAAGGAACACAGUUUUAAGCUGCAACAUCACCAGCCCCUGCAAAUAUUUUCACAGCUCUAUCCCCACUUCGACUACUAUUGGCAGCUCGAACUGGAUAGCCGUUUGACAGGACAUAGCUACCACUUCCUGGACCGCGCGGUCUCCUUCGCGAGAGAACAACCUCGCAAAUAUCUCUGGGAACGAAACGCCUACUUCUACACACCAGGGGCGCACGGCAAUUGGAGCCAAUUCACCCAAAUGGUACAUGAAAGUCUAUCAGGCAGGUCAGACAGCACCAUCUGGGGCCCAGUAUCGGGCACAGGGAUCAGGCCUCUCGGGCCCAUCUCCCCAGUCCCCCACCCUGACGACGACAACUACAGCUGGGGCGUCGGCGAAGAAGCAGACUUCAUCACCUUCCUGCCCAUCUUCAACCCAGAGGACACACACUGGACAUUUCCCCACAAAAUCUGGAACUUCAAAUACGGCGACAACACCCCACGCCGCGCAGCAGUGAUUACAAUGGGCCGGUACUCCAAGCGUCUACUCGACCUGAUCCACGACUCACAGGCAAAUGAGGGCCUGGGCCUUGCGUCAGAGAUGACGGGGGCCUCGUGGGCACUGUUCCAUGGUCUCAAGGCUGUGUAUGUCCCCCAUCCCAUUUACGCGGAUGGCCACUGGACGCCGCAGGAACUGGCACGUAUUUAUAACCCUGGUCCGCCGGAGAACAUCAAUGGUGGACCUGAUAGUAUUUGGAACUUCGACCAUAUAUUUGACCACAUCACCUACCGGCUCUCGUACAUGUUUACUACGCAUACCGCGGAGGACUUGUACAGGCGGUGGUUGGGUUACGGGACGCGGCUGUAUAAGCUGUAUAAGCGUGGUGAAAUGUCGUCCGAGGAUCGCUUUGGUCGCCAUUGCUUUCCGUCUAUGUUUCUCCAUACCAUCAAGAACACAGCCCAGGAGAUGGGACCGGACAGACCAGUUCCGUGA